GCCAAAUAUGUGUAGCAUUCUAGUGCCGUGAUUGACGCGUUGACACAGGUCUAGGUGUGCGCCCUCCAAUUUACUGAACGGUAACUGCAGGCGACUCAGCAACGGACCUGGACCAGGCGAUGAGCCCCGGCUCGGCUGACGAGGGCUCCACAUCAAGGCCGCAGCGCCACCGGCUGCAGCGUCAGAAGGCGCAGAGCAGGAAGACGUUCCGUUUCCGGAAAAGUCGCCGGGGAAACAACUUCGAGAUGAGCGCACUGGAGGACCAGACCGGCGAGGUAGACACAGGCGCCAGUGGCGCGGAGCCGAGCACGCCGGACGCCGCCGCGCCUUGCGAGAUCCCUGAGACCAUCGACGAGGUGUCGCUGCCGCUGUCUCCGCGUCCACCGCCGGCCGAAGCCGCGCCGCAGCCGGUCAUCCUGAGUGAUGUCAGUCCAACCAGCAGCAGCGCCGCCUACCGGGAGAGCCUGUGGCUGGACGAGGAGGACCUGUGUCAGCUGCAGACGCUGCGCGAGUCGACGCCAGCCAGGGCAGCCCGGUGA